AACAUAUGCGAAAGCAUGUCUGUGAUCCAGAUGGAACCGCGCGAGACGGAAGAGUUGCUCAAAUCUCAUCUGCGAGAGAAUAAUCUUUUGCAAGAUGAACCUAGGUCAUGGAUCGUCGCUCGUUCUCCUCUUGGAGGUCGCGGUAUAUUUGCCACACGAGACAUUAGAGUUGGCGAGCUGAUCUUCACGGAUGCUCCGUUGUUAAUAGGGCCGCGAUGUUACAAGUAUUUGUCGAUGUGCAUUGUCUGCUACAAGAGUAACUGCCCUCUAUUCCCCUGCGAUCACGGCUGUGGCUUGCCGAUCUGCUCUACGGAAUGUGAGAAUUCUGCGAUGCAUGUUCAAGGGGAAUGCGAAUUCCUAAGAGAGUGGAUGCCAACCUGCGGUUCCACCUGGUCCAAGGACCUAUUACUCGCAGUAGUGUUAAUACGUAGUUUGAUGUUGUCGAAGGAACAGCGCAAACUCUUGUAUGCUUUUGAGUGCCACACGAAUCUUACUCGAACUUACGAGAUAGACUUGCUUCAAAGAAACGUGGCCAGUCUUCCCAGUGAAGAGCAAAUGGAACUGAUGAGACGCACUUGCGACGUUUUCAAUACAAAUUCGUUCGAAGUUGUAGUUGUAUCUUCACGAGACGAGGGCCAUACUACGAGUUUACGUGGUCUGUAUCCAAUGGGUGCACUGCAGAAUCAUUGCUGUGUGCCGAAUAGCAGGCAUCACUUUGACGAUCAGCAACGGUUAUACGUAAGUGCCACGCUGCCUAUCGCCGCUGGCGAGGAGAUCACUAUGUCCUACACCAAUCUGCUAUGGGAUACAUCGACCAGACGGCAGUUCUUGAGGAUCACUAAACGUUUCUCUUGCAACUGCAACAGAUGUUCCGAUCCAUUCGAAUUCGGUUCUCGGCUCGGCGCACUUUUCUGUGCAAAGGACGAUUGUUCGGGGCAUUUGCUACCUCGUAAUCCGCUCAAUCAUGAGUCAUCCUGGAUCUGCGACAAGUGCCAAACCAGCGUGAAUCACAGACAGAUUGAAUGUAUCCAUUCCGGAUUAAACACAUUUGUAUCUGACGCUAUGUAUAAAACUCCGCGAGAAAUUCAAAGAUUUACAGAAGUAAUAUUAUCGAAAUUAAUACCCGCUUCUAAUUAUAUUAUGUUGGAUGUCAAGUAUCGUAUAAUCUCAUAUUUUGGUAGAAUUCCUAAUUUUAAAUGGGAAAAUCUCACAGAUAAAGAACUCCGAAUUAAAAAGGUAUAUUGUAAGGAUAUACUUUUUGCUUUAGGUGCUUUGGAUUCUGGAGAUUCUAUUAUAAAGGGUCUUAUUUUAUACGAGUUGUAUCGUACAAAUCUUGAAUUGUUUAAACGCCAGAUUUUCGAUAAUGAGCAAGCACCUUCCUACAUAAAGAAUGAUAAUGAACAAUUGUUACAAAAGGCAAUGAAUAUAUUACAAAACGAUGUCGGUGCAGCCUGUGUCCGCAAAAGUGACUAAUGCAAACAAUUAUUUUCCAAGUCAUUUGGUACCGUUUAUAUUAUUUUAUUCGAUAUUUUUAUGGAUGAAGGAAUACAUAAAUAUAUCAAAAACACGACAACAAAGAAAGCGUCUACAUUAUAAUUUUCAUAAUUACUUAGUUUUGUGCUUUGAUUCAUACGAACUUUAUAUUGUAUAUAAUACAAAAUUUGUAAUAGAUAUAUUUAAUAUAAUAUUCAAAAUAUGCGAAGAUUUAAUGACAGUCUUUAUCAAAAUAAAAGUUUAAAGAAAAAUUAUAUUUAAAUAGCAAUAAGCUAUAUGUCAAUUAUAUGUAUGUACAACUCGUGAUAAAAUCUGUUAUGUGUACUAUAUUAAGAAAACAGGAUAUAAACACACAUACACACACACGCGCGCGCGCGCGCGUUGUGUGAAACAAAAUAACGCGAUUGGCAAAGGGUGAUACUUCAUAGUAAAAUAAAAUAUAAAAGUUUUUAAAUAUACAAGCUUCAUUUUUCAAAAGUAUUUUGAAAAUUGGAGAGUUAAUAAUAUAUUUGUUUCUUGAAUAUUUUUCAACGAUCUUAUACCUUUAAAUUUGUCUCGAUAGUGACUAUUAUGCAUAAUGUACAUUUCAUUUAAUAAAAUAAUAUAAAUUAUUG